AUGAAGCAAUCGAGAAAGGUUGCCAAAGUUGCUUAUCAAGGGUUAAGCGAGUUAGUUAAAUUUGGAAAGUUUAUUGAGGUUCAAGACACUCCUGUUGGUAGUUUAAUAAAUGUUGAGGCUGUCGACGAACACGUGGCUCCCAGACCAAAGUUCCAAUUCGCCUUUGAAGAGAUUGAAGUAUCAGAUGUUGAAGAAGAUCAAGAGGAUCAAGAAAAUGAAUUGUCAGAAAAUGAGUUUGAAAUUUUUAUUCAGCAAAGUAUCUCAAUCCCAGAAGAGGAUGUAGCUGUCACACCUCCGAUCGUAACUGAAAGGGAAAGUGACACAAUGGUGCAAUCUUCCUCACCGACCCCUGAACCGAUGGAUGCUCUUAUAACUAAACUUCAGCGAACUACAAGGAAACCUCCCCAAAUAUUUCUUGUUGAUACUGAACCUCCAUCUGAAAGUGAUCCAGAAGACUCCACCCACGCUUUACUCCCAAGGAAGCGAAAGAGAAGAGAUCCAAGGCCAGGAGUGCUUAUCACAGACCCAGUUCACAAGAAAUCUACAUCGAUUGAGCUCGGUUCUAUGGCUCAAAACAUACAAAGCCCAUUCACUGAGACCUCUCCAGUGAUUCAAUACAUUCCAAACCCAAUCCUUGAGCCUAUUACUGUGGAUCAGGAUUUUCAAAGCCCGAUUGUUGAAGAAGAAGUCAUACCUUCAGAAGAAGCUCAAGCUUCAGGAAGCUCUUUUGAAAUACCUGAGCUGGACAUCUCCAAAGGCAAAUGA